GCCUUUCCGUGGGUGCAGGUGAAAUAUAGCGUAUGCCUUACUUUCUGAGCGAUGACUGCGCUGUUUCCUUUGGAAGGGCACGCCUACUUGUUCAAAACAUACCGCUGUGAGCGCCUUGUUCAUUAAUUAACGCUGUUCACACCUUUUUCAACGAACCUGUGAUAAGCAGACUAAUUCAUAGCACCGCAGGGUUCACACUCCGCACGAGGUAUGCUAACGUGCAUUUAUUGCGGUCCGUGUUUAGGGCAGCCGGCUUGCUUCAAAAUUCAAACCUCCCGCCGCUUCAGCGCGAGCAGCGCUUCGAGCAGGCAGCCCUCUCGCUGCUUGCGACGUCACCGAGUGUCGCUUGCUUAUCGGGUGCGUGAAUCGAAGGGUUCUCAAGGUCAGCGGGAGCGCUUAGGCAAGGCGGCAAAUGGUGCCCUCCCUCGCCCGUCCGCCGUCACCUCUCUUUCAGUACAUAGCGGGCGGGAGUUCGCUGGGGUUUGUACGGCCGCUUCGAGCUGUCUAGCGACCGGGUGUACAUUCGCGACUCGCGGCGGUUCUCAGAGUCUCAGCGCAGCCGCGCCGUAUCUGUACCACUUCAGCAGCUGCUUCGACAGCGUCACAGAAAUCCGGGGGCACAGCCUGCGUAUCGACGCGUACAAAUCGGCCGCCCUAAGUGCUCUUAAUUGGAAGUCCGUCGACGGCAGCUACAAGCAACUUUCUCUAUUUCAAAAUCGAAAGCUGCACGACAUGGUCACCAUGAAGAAACUGGUGCUCAAGUGCCUGUUCAUCGUCAUCCGCUACGUGAAGGUGUUAAACGAAUUCUUCCUCACGUCACUGUUCGCCUUCAUCCACGGCAAGCCGCAGCGCCUGCCUCCGAUCACCGACGAUAUACUGCUGAAACCGGCCACUGUCCUCGCUGAAGAGAUCAGGACCGGCAAGCUCAAGAGCGUGGAUCUAGUUGAGCGAUACAUGCGCCGCAUCCGAGAGGUGCAGCCUGUGAUCAAUGCUGUGGUGGAGGACCGGUAUGCGGAAGCCAUAGCUGAAGCUGAAGCCGCUGACCAGCUUGUUGCCUCCGGUAAGGUCACACCGGAGCAGCUGGCCAAGGACAAGCCCUUCCUUGGGGUGCCACUCUCAACCAAGGACUGCUAUGCCGUCAAAGGCAUGCUGCAGGACUCGGGUCUGGUGCUGCGAAAAGGCUUCCGUGCUCCACAGGAUGCAGACGGCAUGGCCCUGCUGCGUGCGGCCGGUGCCAUCCCACUGGCGCUCACCAACAUCUCGGAGCUGUGCAUGUGGUGGGAGUCGUACAACAACCUGCACGGACGCACCAACAACCCCUACGACAGCCGGCGUAUCUGUGGCGGAUCCAGUGGGGGUGAGGGAAGCCUCAUCGCUAGUGCUGGCUCCGUAAUUGGUGUCGGCACUGACAUCGGCGGCAGCAUACGGAUGCCAGCAUUCUUCAAUGGCAUCUUUGGCCACAAGCCUACAAGAGGACUGGUGUCCAACAAGGGCCAGUACCCACCGGCGCGUGAUGACUCCCUCGACGCCUGCCUCGUGGCGGGUCCCAUGUGCCGAUAUGCCCAGGACCUCGAACCCAUGCUGGCCAUCAUGGCGGGACCCCGUGCAUCUCUGGUGCCAUUCAACACUGAGGUGGACUGGUCCAAGGUGACAGUGUACUACAUGGUUGAUGACCUGGGAGGCACCCUCUGCACGCCUGUCCACCCUGAGAUGAAAGAUGUUGUGCGCAAGGUGGCCCGCUACUUCCGUGAUGCGCAUGGCAGCCCUGUGGUUGAGCUGGCCCUCGAGGAAUUCCGUUACUCAGCCCAAAUCUUCACUGCUCGGCUGGCCGCCGCAGCCGUGCCCUCCUUUGCCUCGGAGCUGGCACUGCUCAAGGGAAAAGUGCCCGUAUGGCGAGAACUUGGGCGCUGGCUGCUGCGGCGUUCACCACACACGCUACCUGCUCUUGCCCUCUGCCUGCUGGAAUGGCUGUCUCCGAAACGCGGCCACCCCGCGCUCACGCGGGUCCUGGCUCGAGCAGACACCUUGCGAGACCGUCUCGAUGCUCUUCUUGGAGCCGGCACGGCCAUAUUUGUCUACCCUUCGCACCCAGAGCCAGCACCUUUCCACUACCAGCCAUUGCUCAAGCCUUUCAACUACGCCUACACGGCCAUCUUCAAUGUCCUCGGCUACCCCACGUGCCAGUGCCCCGUGGGAAUCUCACCGAGCACAGGCACGCCACUGGGUGUGCAGGUCGUGGCUGCCUUCUACAAGGACCACCUCUGCUUGGACGGGGCAAGAGAGAUUGAGAAGGCAUUCGGUGGCUGGCAUCAGCCGCCAACAAAGUAGAAGCAGGUGCUGAGACAGCCAACAGAAAUGGACAGCGUCACUUUGCCUUCCUCUUGUAAAGGGAUGGACAUUGCUGCCCCCUGUUGCUCACACAUUCACCUUAUUUCUGGGCCAAAGGUGCGGAUUGGAGACUGGGACAACAGUGAGAAAUGGUUUAGAGGUAGAUACGUUUUUCCUUCUUUGUGUUGCACAUUAUGCUGAUGAGCUCUGGCUGGAGCCUGGUGAACAGUGGUUGGAGUGAGGUGUUGAUCAGCAGCCUCUGGCCCCAUGUGACGGUAACCCGGGCAUGGUGAGGCUCAGAUUGUUGGCAGGAUAUUUCAUGUUAGUGCUGAUCGUUUUGUGAAACGUGUGUUGUGCAGAGGGCACCUGGAGCAGGCGCUUCACUGCGCAUCUGCCGAUGAAGUGAGGAACACUUGUAUGUGGGAUCAACAGAAUUCUUGGACUCGGCACUUCGUCUGCGGGACUUUUCUGUCGACAUCGCAUGAUUCACACUGUGUAGUUCAUCUACGCGUCUGUGCAGCCUUGCACCAUUUGAUUGUGUUCUGUAAUGUCCUGACCUUGCAAUAAUGCUUGCAUACCGAGCCUGCUACGUUCGUGCUGCUCGUCAUUGUCCACUGGCCAUGUCUGCUGUCUUUGUCUAACAUUGCGGCAUGUGCGGUGUGUGCAUGUGUAACAUUGCAUGUUACAUGUGCAUGUGUAACAUUGUGGCAUGUGUCACAUGCAUCUUUUGAUGCUUCCUGUCUCAAAAGAGCUAGCCAUCUGCUAAGCUUAGUACAGUCGCAUGUAUUAGGACAGCUGUUAUACCAUGUGCUCUGAUACGUAUUGUACUUUGCAUUGUCUUUGAAGUUGAGAAGUGUGAGCUUAUGUUCUUCCGGUACUCUCAGUUUCACAGAACCGGUGAUAUGUUUGUUUAUGUAUACUGUGAUCUCUUCAUUCAUAAAGAUUGGACACUUGUUGUUUGGUGGCAGGUUUUUUGAGAUUUGUAUGCACUCACAAAUAGCAGCUGCAGCUUGAAAGCUUCGGUGUUUUUCAUAGAAAAAUUUCAAAGCAAUGCAAUCAUGCCAUACUUUCAGAUCGUUUCCCCAGACUUUUUACUUUUACGUUGUCGUUCUUUGACUUCCUCCUCACAUAUAACAAAAUGGCUUCAGCUAUACCUCACCAUUUACAGUAGUGCACAGGCAUCGGCCUAAUGAUAGUCAUUUUCCAAUAGGAAGCUAAUGUAACCACCCAGAAAGGAUGACUACGGUCAUCUGUUUGUUCAUGAGUUAAGCUUUGUGUUUACCUCUUGAGUUUAACUCCAUCUGUGAAACUGCAGCAACGACUUGCUGCCACCUGCUGGACGGUUCUUAUACACACAGCUUAGCAUAGCUGUGACAAGAUUGCAUGCAUAUGCACAGCUUUACAUGCCUACCAGACAUACGGGAUCCUUUCAGGGGCACUUGGCAACCUGUCUAACGUUUCCCGACAGUCUGGCAGCCGCCUAUGCAAACUCUGAAAAUCUGAGCACCAGUACCAUCUUGUGCGUGUGCUGCUGUUUAGAGCAUAUUGCAUGUCAUGCACUCAGUAGGUGACGUCUGUCUUGGGUUAGCCUUCAUCCCUGUGCGUAACCAGGUACAAAUCUAUACUUCUCCAGGCCUGAGGGUCAGACCCUCUUAGACAAUGAUGAUGAAUGGUAGUGAGAUGACAACCUCGGCAAUUUCGUGACGGUGUAGCAUGUUUACUUGGGAUGAUGAAUGGUGUGAUGACAGCUCUGUAAUCACCAGGCGUAGUAGCCUGUAGGGUGCCUGUAUGAAGUUCCAGAAUAGAUGGUUGGUAGUUGAUCCAGCACCUCCGCCAAAUGUAAGGGAAGCCUGCUGUGUCCCACUUUUAGCAUCCCUUUUCGUUGAGCAUUGGCGUGGCUGCUUUGUGUGGGUGUUCAUCAUCUCCAUCACAGUAGUGACAGUUUUGUGAUAGCGCACUGCGUUCACUCACAAUAUACCAGUGUCUAAUAGGGUGUGCCUGUUGUUUGAAUGUCAGAUUUCGAUUCUUUUCCUUUUCUGCUAACCAGCUGAAAAAAAAAAGACAUGUAAAGUGUUUCUUUGGCCGAAACAGACACCCGAGAAUACAUGAGCAUACCCUUGUGCCAUCUAAUUAAUUAUGUCUGUUAAUCGCCACAACGAAAGUACUGGCAUCACCCUCUGCACUGGUCUACUGUACAAUACAAAGUUGAGGGGGUAAGAAGCGUUGAGGACAUUCAGACACCUACCCUUGGUCCAUGCCUGCAAUUUAAUUGCAAUUGCAAUUAAAAACGUAGAACACACCAAGAGCCUUUGUAUCGAAAAGCACUGCCAGCUUGUGGAAAGAAGCCAGCGGCAGCAGCUCUGAAUGGAAAGAAACGAGUAGCAGUUGCUCACUGGCCUAAGGCAAAGCCAUUCAUCCUGUGGGCUUCCCAGCUUUAUCAUCUACCUUGGCACCUGUUGCAGCUCGUGUACACCUCACGAUGGUUACAGCUGUGGAGUAGCCAAACUUUUUGAACAAGACUUGUUCUAUAGAACUGCUACGUUAGAACUGAAGGAAUGGCGUGUCUGUGCUCACUUUUUGGCAGCCUUAGAUUCACUAACAUGUGGCUCUCUAUGUGCGCUGCAAGGAAGGCUAGCUGCGCUAAGGCAACUAGCAGUGUUGUUGCUCCGGCAGGUGCAUGCCUGUGGUUCCAAGCUGCUUUUUUUUUAUGUUGGCCUAUCUUGAGGUGCACCUGAUCAUGCAGUUGUGCUCUGCAAAGCACCUUGAGAACACGAACUGUCAGUCUGUCCACACUGAAGAAAAGCAGAUUCUUUGGUUCUGCGGAAGAUUAGACAGAAUGGGAUUCUUUUCUUUCUUUCCCAUUAACGCAGUAAAAUAAUUUUGAACUGUCAUCAAGCAAAGCAAUACAGGGGAAAGAAAGACUAGCAGCACCUUUGGCUCUUCAUUCGUUUACCUCGGCAGAAGUGGGCUCUUGUAGUUGACACUGCUGUCUUGUCACGAACAAUUUCUUCUCGGUACUGCACACAACAUAGUCUUCAUCCUCUAUGGUGUUUCUUGCUGUUGCCUUAAAAAUAAGGCACAAACACUGCAACUGUCAGCCUGUGUGGCGCACAAAACACCGCACCGGCUAUUGAGCUUCAAGGCUGUGCAAUAGCGCUGUGGCUAUGAACUUCACGUUACUGCGAAGGUGAUGGUGGUCUUGUUUUUUUCUUCCCCAUAUGGUGAGAAUGGAGAAUAUGUUUACGAGUUGGCCUGAUGAUGAUUACAUAAUGGAAAGGAUGAAUGCAGCAAACUCUGUUCCAAGCUUUUAACUGCCAUCGCACUAAUAUAGCACAGUCGAGCCCGGUUACAACUAACAGAACUAUGCACUAAAAAUUCUUGAGUAAUCAGGUAAUUUGAUAUACCUAAACUCUGCUAUAACAAAUUAAGUAAACUUCUGCAUUGCAUUCAUUAUCUAUGGAUUUGUUAGGUUCAUAGAAGGAAAGAAGCAAGGAAGGAAUCAACUUAGUAAAAACAAAACUACAGGUGUAGGUGUAGUAGGCGGUAACUUUUGCCAGUCCUUUGAACAGUUUUUCAAUGUCACUAAUAAUGGCAUUUGUGAUGUGCAAGAUUCUGUUGACCUGCUCCACUUCGAUUCCAUGAAAGCCUGUACAGUAUCAAUGCAGCGCAUCCAUUGCACUCUGAUGAGUCAAGCGAGGCAGCUUCUCACAUGGCAUUGGACGCCCCGAGUUUGAUAUAUCCAAUGUCCUGUUCGUUAUGAGGGAGUUAUUCUGCAUAAGUAUCAGCCAGUAAGUUUUGUGUGUUUGAUGUAAAGAAUAAUUUGCCUUAUUCGGGUUCAUUACGUUGGUGUUCAAGUGUAAUGCGAAUCACUACAGCUUCCGUGUACCUUUUUCCGUCCUCGUACAACUGGUAAUCUCUGUCUUCCAUGCACUUUGCCCUGGGUUACAUUUCCUGCGAACACUCGGGAAAUUUGGCGUCCAAAAAAACUUGUGAAUGUUUUUGAAGGCAGGAAAUGAAACACGCAAGUGAUUAAUGCAAUCCGAGCCUGUGUUUGUGACCGUUAUAAAGAACAUUCAAUUGCAAUUGGUUGUCACCUCAGGUUGUCAGAAGGCAUUUGUUUCUUCUUCUUUGUUUCCGCCCUUUCUUUAAGAUGAUCCUUGCAUAGAUUCCAUCAAGAGAGAAAGUCUGGCAUAAAAGCAUAGGCGAGUUUAGCUGAACAUAAUUUUAGUAAGUCAAUGGCAUGAAGCAACAAGAAUUGUCAUAUUGUACUAUAAUAUGACAACACAGCACUUGUUUAUCGUCAUGACUUCAAAGUUCAAAUGACGGGACCACAAGCGUGACCUAAUUUAGCACAUGUUUCCAGAACUUAUUUUUGUGCCAUUUCAGGAUGAAAUCAGUAUUUUCUCGUACUCCUCCUAAUUCUUAUGGCUGAGACACACUUUUAGUUUCAAAAAAGGGCUCUGUGACUAGUGAGCAUGUUAGCUUUGAGAGUGUUUUAUGUUUAAUUUUAAACUGCUGCUAACUGAUAGGCAACAUUCAAACUGGAUGAUUUCAUGGUACCUAAACUGAACAUCGGAAGUGUUGCUGUCCAAUUGCUAAAGCUCAUUCUUGGCUUCAGGUCUUCAGGCCUUGCAGUCUUCAGAGGCUUUGCGUCAAAGCAUGAAGCUGAAAAACUGGUGGGCAACACGCACAUCGAGCGUGACCUCAUGUUGAGUGUUGCCAACAUUCAACAUUGAAGGAUAUGUGGUUGCAGCUUGUUAGGCAGCCAAGUUGUUGACAUGCUUGCAUCUUGGUAUUCUUGUGUGUACCAAAUGCAGAUUCCCGAGUAAAGGUGUCAUACUUCAAAUUUGUUCCUUUGGUUAUCUGUUCCCUUUGCCACAAUGUAGAAAUUGCAAUGAUGCCACAGGUGUCCCAGGUGUCUCUGAUAACACUGAUGCAUGCGAUACUCUGAUGAGCCCUUCAUUCGCAAGCCCUCGCCACACCUCUGGAAGAUUUUCUUUGGUUUUGCUUUACGGACUUCUCUACACUCAUUUUUAUUACAAAUACAGAAACACAAACAAAAGGAAGCUAAUUAGACUUGGUUAUUUUCAGGCAUGCGAAGGUGCUAAAACACUAGCAUCUCUUAGCCUGUCGAAGUGGUACAAAGGCAUGGAUUGGGAAAAGAAUUGGUCACAAUACGUGGCCGUAGGAACCGACUCUCUCGCAUUUGGUUUUAUGAAGCUGGUAAUCCUAGGACGCAGCCAGAUUUGUUUGUUCACAGCUGUUUACCAAGUCGGUCUUGUUGAGUUGUGCAACAAAAGAUGCCAUGCCAACGGCUAGAACAUGACUGUGGCACAUGCAGUAAACACUCAUAAUGAAGUCAUUUUACUCGGUAUAACUCUCCAUUAACAGUUCUAUGUGGUCCUGAUUGCAAUGCACAUAUUUUAAGCCAGAUUACUUGAAGCGAAGUGGCACCAGCCUUUGCCUAUUAUAAAGUGUAAAGCAGGUAAUCCAGACAAGGCCACUCAGUACGGCAUGUAGACGAUGGUCCUUUGUUUUUCCGUGCUAUCAAUGUGGAUAGGCUUAUAGCUCCCCAAAGGCAACUCUGCUACAUGGCUCCUCGUGACUUUAUAUUGACUUUAUAAAACAUUGUUUGCAGGCAUAAGUUUUGGAAUGCUUUUGUCAAACAUUGUUUCUGACCAACCAGGGUAUGCACAUGUCAGUGCUCUUACUUUCGUAUCUUGCGAUGUUCUUGCUACAGUUUGUGUGCGCAUUUUAGAAAACAGAGAGUAACCAACUUGUUUGUUGAGAGCGUAGUAUAUACAUAGGGACAUCUUUGUAACUAUAUAUAACACCAUUUGCUUGGCAGUCUGUGAGUGUGCAAAUUGGGCCAAACAGUGUCCCGGUGUCUUGCUAGUAAAGAGGGUAAUGCUAGCAAGUUACUUUUGUGUGCAUUUGUGCAGUUAUAAUUUUUUUUCUUCAAAUGUCAUUGUUCCAGGCACGUCUGCUCUGUGUUUCAUAUGGUGCAUACGUGUGUGUCGAUCCGUCAUGCUUAGGUAGUGCAUGAUGUGUCGGAUUUGUGAACGAGGACUAUGUCAUAGUCAACCAGCAGAAUGCCUGUAGAAUAAUUGCGAGCAAAAGCAGGGCUUUUGCAUUGUUGUUUUCGUACUGUCACCUCGUCACAUGUGCCUGCACUUGUUCUCCGAGGCCUUGCAAGCUUUCUUGGAACACCCCUGGCACCUCGUUUUUUUUCCAUUAUUAUUAUUAUUGUUUUGCUUUUCUGUGAGAGCCUUCUUUAAAGGUGCCCUGCGACACUGUUCCUUGAGAACUGAGAGCACACUGGAGUGAGUGCGAUGCCUUUCAAUGAAUAUAUAAUCUCACAUAAAUUUUUGAAGAGGACCUAAUUAUAACGGAGAUUAAGAUGUUUAAUUUUCCCAUUCCUCUUCAACGCGGUGUUUCCUCUCAGCUGAGUUGGUGUUGAAAGCAGUGCCCAGCCCAUUGCUCCUUACCUAUUCCUCUUUCUUGGAUGCACUUAUGGUGACCCUUCAGGAAUGACACCCGAUGGGGGUACCCAGGAACAACAGCAGAGGGGUGACAAGAUGGCCAGGACAUGUUGACAGCUGCCGCUUCUCCAUUUGCUGGAACAUUAUAAGGAUGUGCCUGCAUGUGUAAGCUGCUCAGGAGUAACUCGUGGUCCUGCACAAUUGCCCAUUGGUUGGCAUCUGUGAGCUUUCAUGCUAUGAUGUCAAAGAGGAGGCAUAGAGGGGUCCCUGAAAGCCUCGGGAGAGAGUGAGCGAUCUUUGAUGUGCGACUGCAGGACUCGCUGCAUGCAGUUAAAUAAUAUUUGGCUCGCGCAUUAUGGCAGCAUUGUCUACAGAUCAAGAAGGUUUUCUCGCUGUGUCCAGAAUGUGUCGCAGUGCCCCUUUAAACGUUCUCAUUCACUUCUUGCCGUUGAGAGAAUUGGGGGAAUGUACAGGGGAAUGUCCCAUGGCUAGCGGGACAGUGUGUCGCAGAUCCGUUUCCUGCCUGGAAGAAAGCCUAUACAAAUAGCGCAGGGUGUUCCAAAGCAAUAAUUUUAAAUGCCAUUUUGCUUGUGCACUGUUUGUUUUGCAGGUGGUUUUUCUGCAUAUUCUAUUCAAUGGGACGAUCUACAUUCAUUUUUCUUUUUACUAGCCGGUGUUCCUUCGGCAGCACUGUGGCACCUUGCAUACUCGGGUAUUGUUGUUAUGCAAAUUUUAUUGCUGCAUAUUUUUCUUUUGCCGUUUUUGUUGAUUCUUUGUUUGCAGCUUUUGUUGCCACUGUUAUUGUAUGUCCUCUUAUUAUUUGGCUGUGCCUGCUUUAGAAGGAUUCAUGCAGUCAUGUCAUUAACUGUUCUUUUACUGUUGCCACGUGUUGCAUCUAUGUUGCACUAAUGCAAUAUAUGUGCUCACUCGCCCCCUUUUUUAUUUUUGUUAUGUGAUUGAAAACCAAUGUGAUAGUAGCGAUAUGUGGUACUGACUGCACAUUUGAAGCUUUUUUUUUGCUGUUUUUGGCAGAUGUUUUUCUCGAGCACACUUUCACACAGCAGCCAUUGUGUUAUGCCAUCCAGUGUUUUUCAUCUGUGAUCGGCAGUUAAAAACUCAUCACGAUAGCAACUGUCACUAUCGUACAUAUUUACACUUGGAAACCUUGAUUCGAGCAAGCAUUUUCUUGUUUUUGAUAUCUCUCAUGUACCUUUGCAGUUAUUGUCAUGUCCCCAUGAUGAUGUCUCUGACAAUGAAUUGCACUCAUUUGUGCGCACUAAGGCACUGAAGUAGUGAUUUGCAUCACUGCAGUAUUUUAGACCAACUACACUGCCCAAGAUAAUGUUUGUAUAUUUAGUCAGUGUUGGCUUAUGAAUAAUCGCUUCCUCCUUCAAAUCCAACGUAUAUGAACUACAGGGUGUUCACAGUACUGAGCUGCCCUCUAAAAUGUUUGUUAGCUGGAAAUAUUGGCAUGCAUUCGUUUGGUUGCAUGAUGGAGUGACUGCAUGUGAUAAAGAGAAAAAUUGUCUGGUGUGUGUGUAAAGUUUAAUGAAUGCGCAAACCUUAAUUUUUUUUGUGGGCUAGAGUAAAUUUUUAUUCAUUCUGGCAUGCCAGCAUUAUCAUAUAUGGCUAUCAUAUUUGCAAUGUUUACGAGCAUUUGUUGAAAAGCAUUUCAGAAUACAUUCCUGACGAUGAUCUGGCAAAAAAAAAAAGUACGCUGACAAGGCAGUAAACUCUGUUACAAAAGUGAGAAUGGCUUUGUACGUUCUGCCUCUUGAAAUUUUGUUACAGUUAGGAUUGCACAUUGAGGGGGAUUUCUCUGGCCUUUCUUUCCCCCUUUUUUUUUCGUAACCUGCAACAUCUGUGUUCACAAUAAGAAUCAACUUUCUGUUCAUGGAAUCCUAUGUAUCACACUACUUGCUUGCAUUAAACUUGUGCACUAUAUUGUUCUUUA